AUGACAUCCCAGCGAAUUCACCUCAUCGGACUAGGAAGCAUCGGGACUCUGAUCGCUCACUCGCUUCGCUCCCUCCCCGCACCCCCGCCCAUAACGAUUUUACUCCAUCGCGAAUCAGCAUACCAAGACUUUCUCUCUGGGGGGAGCAAGCUGCGUCUCCAAAUUGGAGAAGACGGGCCAACGCAAGAGACCACCGGGUACGACGCCGAACUCCUACAGGGGGAAUCACCCAUCCAGCACCUAAUUGUAGCGGUCAAGGCGAGCGCAACCAUCCCCGCUCUCAGAUCGAUCCAGCACCGGCUCGGACGGCAUUCCGUGAUCUGUCUCUUCCAAAAUGGCCUAGGGCAAAUCGAAGAGCUCAAUGAGCGCCUAUUCACGGACCCGCUUACACGACCGACCUACAUGUUUGGCAUUAUGCGCCAUGGGGUCUACAUAAAAGCGCCGUUUGAAGCCGUGCUGGCGGGGCUGACCGGAUCAUGCGCUCUGGGGAUCGUCAACAAUGACCAACAGGCAUCCUCAUUAUCUGCUUCUUCGACAGCAUCCGCCCAAUCUCGAUUUCUCAUUAACCGGCUGGUCGAAGCACCGAUCGUCCGAAGCUCCGAACUGCCAUGGAUGGAGCUCCACCAGGCCCAGCUGCUGAAACUCGCGACCAACUGCGUGGUCAAUCCACUGACGGCAUUGCUGGACGUGCGGAACGGCUCGCUGUUAGCUAACUCCGAGCUGCAGGAGAUGCGACGUCAACUUCUCCAGGAGAUCUCGCUGGUGUUCCGUCGUCUUCCGGAGUUUCAGGGUCUGCCCGAUGUGGAGGAACAAUUCUCGGUGGCCAGACUCGAGGAGCAGUUGAUCGGGAACAUUGAGAAGACAGCCAGUAAUUCCAGCAGUAUGCGCGAGGAUGUACGAGCAGGUCGAGCGACAGAGAUUGCAUAUAUCAAUGGAUGGAUAGUGCGACGGGGCCAGCAGUUGGGGCUGGACUGUCCUACGAAUCGGUGCCUGACCCAGCUCAUUCUGGCUAAGAGUAGCCAAGGGCGCUAA